UUCCCACCUGACCGCGGCUCAGAGCGGAGCCUUGUCGGGCCACAGCCUCUGCUGGUGACAGGCGCCGUGUGUUGAAAUAAACGAGUGAAAAACGAGUGAAAAAAAGGAAAAUCAAAAAGGUAUAGUGACCCCUCGCAGGAAAGCCGUCGUGAUGGAGUUCGAAGUCGCCUCCCCAAAGAUGUGUUUACGAACUUAAGCGAUUAAGUGACCGCCUCGAACACACACAAGACUGCCAAGGCGAGGCCGGUGAGGCGCCCCCACAGCCUCCCGCCCCGACCUCCCCCUCACCCCAGCUCUGGCCACCCUCUCCCUGCCCCAUCCUUUCCUUUGACCCCAUCCUGCCCCUUCCAUUGCCCUCCCUUGCCUCGUAAUUCGAUGUGCUUUGAGGCAAUUACAUAGUCUGACCCACCGCCUAAGACCACUCAUUAGCCCAGCCAGACAGUUCCCUUCCCUCCGUGCCCUUACCGUGACCUUUCCUUCCCCUUCCCUUGCCCUGACCCCUUCCAUUGCCUCCCCCAGUUAAUGUCCUUGCACCCCUACCGCUUCGUCUCUCCCCUUCCUUACAACUCUGGCCUCUCCCUGGCUAUGAAUUUAAGUUUUUUGAGGGUUUAACAAUUUACGGUUCUCUAUCAUCUUAAUACCGGACAGUUAGACGGUUAAUCAGCCCUAUUACCCCUUCCCAUCCCCUUCUCUUUCCCCCUCCCCUUUCCAAUCCCCUUGCCUCCCACUUACGAUCCUUUCCUAUCUUAAUACCAGUCAGUUAGCCAGUCAAUCAGUCCCUUCACCCCUUCCCUUCCUCUCCCCUUCCCUUCCCCUUCCCCUUCCCUGCCGCCAUGCCCAUCCCCAUGCUGAAGGGGCUCAACAGGGGGCCAGGGGACCGCCGGAGUAUCGGCGUGGGGGUCGGCCAGCCCCCGAAAGUGGGGCCCGAACCUCCGCCCUCAUCCCUGGUCCGGAAGAGUUGGCACGCAGGUUCCCAGCUGAAGAGCGCGGCCUCGGCCAGCAGCAGUCGCUCCACCUCUCCGGCCAACGGCGGCAGCUCCUUCAUCCCACAGCCCCGCAGCCACGGCGGCCGGGCGUCCCUCAAUGAGAAGCACAGCAAGAGCGGCGGGACCUCCAACUUGGUGCGCGCGUCGCUGCGGGGUCCGGCGGGGCAAAGCGGCGGCGGCGGCGGCGGAGGCGGCGGCCACAACAACAACAACGCGGCGUCGAACCACGUGCACGCCGCCUCGCCCUACCACUCCCCCGCGCCGCCCGCCAAGCACAAGGACUCCAUGCUCGACAAGCUCAAGAUCUUCAACCACAAGGACAAGGACGCCAGGAACAAGACCACCAGCAGCAGCGGCGUCAGCAAGCGGACGAGCAGCAGCAGCGGGUUCAGCAGCGCCAGGUCUGAGCGGUCGGAUUCGUCGACGAGUGUGUGUUCCGACGCCAAGCCGCCCCCUCUGCCCCCCCACCAAAGCCUGCCGGUGAGCACCAGCAGCAGCAGCAGCGACCAAGCGAGCCACGGGGACGCUCAGCAGGGAGGCGCGCCGCCCCCUGCCAAGCCCCAGGGACUCCGCGGCAUCAGGUCAAAGUUUUCUAAGUCGAGCAACAAGGAGGGGAAGGAGUCGCCGAAGUCUUCACGCAAGGACAAAGAGCGGGAAGAUCGGGAGGGGUCGCGAGGGUCACCACGAGGAGGCCACAAGGCCCACCGCGACGGUCGGACCGAGCGCGGCGAGAGUCGCGAGAGAAGCGGUCGGGAGGAGCGCGCCGCGAAGAAAAGCGACAAGCUGACCCUGGAGCUUGAUGGCUCCCGCGGCCGCUCCCAGCCGCCCCCGCCCCCCGCGCCAGAGUCGGCCAGGGACGCCCGACUCGCCGCCCAACGCCAGGACGCCUCCGUCGACCCCCAGCAGCCCCCCGCGCUGCCCCCGAAGGAGCACCACGCCCACAGGGACGCUGCCGCAGCACAGCAAGCAGAGCACAACUCAGCAGCCAUGCAGCAGCAGCAGGAGCAUGGGCUAGCCACCACCCCCGGCAGCCCCCUCCCCCCCGGCACACCGGGUACGGGCAUCCCUAAGCCCACCGCCCACGUCAAGGGCCAGACCAAGGCGGCGCCGCCGCCCGAGCGGUCAGGCUCCACAACGCCCACGGCCGCGUCCCCCAACGUGAACACGCCCCACCAGGCCAAGGACUACAACAAGAUGGUCCGCCACCAGUCUGGCUCUGCCGCUCCCAAGGCAGCCUCCAGCGGCGGCGGCGGCGGCUCGUCCAGGGCUGCAAGCACCCCGGCAGGAGGCGAGGCCAUGAGUUGCCAGGAGCCGCGGGACCCCAAGGGUUCGCUGCCCCGCCAAAAGCAGCUGGGCCGCCGUGAGGACCAGACGUCGGGCAUCAGCGUGGCACUGGUCAGCCCCAUGCCCAUCCCGCGGGACAAGGACCACCUGGUGACGCCCUCAGAAUCAGGCUCCAACAUCAGCGAGUCUUCACAGAGUAACAGCGGCCACAGCAACAGCACCUCGUCAGGCAACUCGUCCGUCAUCUACAAACCCACCAGCUCCGAGGACGACAGCGUCGCUGACUACAAGAUCGGAAAGGUGGACGAGAGGCCUGAGGGCGAGGAUGGCGACGAGGUGAUCCUGAACAUCAAGCCGAUGCAGCCGCUGGUGCGCGCCUCUCAGUACGGCUACAUGCGAGGCCUCGGCAUGCACCAGGCGCGCACCGUCCCGCCUUCGCUGCACGUCUCCAGGCUCACUCUGCAGGACGCGGCCAACACGGUGCCUCAGAAGGGGAUGCGCCCGGGGCCGCACUUCAAGCGGCCGCCAGGAGGCAACCAAGUGCUGGACGCCGACUACAGUGACCUGGAGAGCGUCGAGCUGACCAACGGCUACAUGUCAGACGGGGACGUGCUGAGGAACGUUGGCUACAGGUCGGGCAACUCCUCAGACCUGGACGGCUACAUGAGCGAGGGCGGCGCCUCGCUGUACGCCCAGCGCCUCAACCAGCGCUUCAAGGAGGGCAUGCGGCAGGUGCACGAGAGCAUGAACAAGGUGCAGCACUUCAUCCAGGACGACAGAAGAGACGAGGAGGAGAGACAAGUGGAGGAGGGGGAGGAGGUGGAGGUGGAAGGGGAGGAAUCUUCUUCCCUCUCCCCUGCCACCACUCCUUCCACCCCUCGCAACUUUGUCGAAGAAGUAAAGCUUAAAGAAAACGAAGAAGAGACGCGAGUGUUAAGUGGAGGAACAGGAGAAGGAGGAGGAGGAGGAGGAGGUGGAGGCGAUGUUGGUGGUGAAGGGGAUGCAGGAGGAAGUGGAGGAGGUGGAGAAGUCAAGCGCUUCGACGACAGCAGCAGCCUGAGUUCGGGGGUCAGCGACACCCUGAACGAGAUGUCUGCCGAGGAUAUGCUGUCGUCCUCGCUCUCCUCGGACCACCCAGCGUACCCCAAGAACCGUAGCAUGAAGGAAGUUGGAUUGAAGCUGCCGGUGGGUCUGAGCGGCUCCUCGUCCCGCAAGGUGGCCAUGGGUGUGGAUCCCUCCGGCAUGUACAAAGUGGUGUCCAGCAGAGCACACGUGAAGAAGACAGAGAGCUCGCAGCAGACCGACAAUAGUGCCUUCAAACAAAUAUCAAACACGCAAUGGAAAAAAUACGUUGAGAAUGGUAAGGGCAGCUUAGAGCGCUCAGCAAGAGAGCUGCAGCGAGGUGUGGAGCCUUCAAAUGGAAGCUCAAGGAAGAUGGACCACAAGAAAUCAAACUUAGGCUCCCCCCAGUCAGGUGUUCCUGGCGGGCCCCCUCACGGCAGUGGCUCGGUGCCCUCAGGCUCAGGCUCCUCAGGCUCAAGGAAGGUGGAGAAGAAGGGAACCAGUGGGGAAAAGAAGAGAGAAGGAGAGAGGAGUAGCAGAGACAGAGGAGUAGGAAAUGUGGGCAUGCAGAUAAAUGGAGACUCUAAAAAGCUGCAAAACCCCAAGACCGCUCCAAGUAAUUUUGGCUACAAUGGCAAAAGAACGACCAGCUCUGGGAGCGUUGCCAGUACUGGGAGCACCAAAGGCAGCAAAGGAAUCAAAGAGGACAGUGCAGGAGGCAGCUCGUCUCACCAUGAAAGUUCUAGUCAUAGCUUAGAGAGGCCAAGAACCAAGUUAAAAGUCUCUGGAGGCACACAGACCACCAGUGACCUCCAUUACAUGUCCAGCGGCGUGCACAGUGAUGGGGAAUAUUCCUCGGGCUCUCUUGGCCGAAAGUAUCAGCUCAAAUCCUACUCCUUGAAUGGACCAGUGGCAGCCCAGUUGUCCCAGAGUGUGAGGGAGAGAAUCAUGCAGUCCCCCUACGGAAAGGUUCAUGUUGGGGAGUAUGCACAGUACCCAUCCCCAUACUACAGGGAGAGGAGCCCUCGCAUCAAGCCCACGGAUGGCUCGUUAAGCGACUCUCCAUAUUCCAAUUAUGCAGAGUUGCAGUACAGUGGCAGCCCCUACAGCAGCCCCUACUCGUGGGUGUCCCGAAGCAACUAUGCUGGCUCCGUGGCCUCGGCGCCCACAAGACCAUUGGGUGGCAGCCUGACUGAGGCAGAGAGUAUGGAGAGCAUAAGUUCUAGCGCCUCGAGUAUAGCUGCACAGAUCCAGCACGCUCGGGCCACCAGCCUCACCCAGGCGCGCCUCAUGAUGCACCAGCGAGAACUCUCCUCCUCACCCUCCCCUAGACUUGCUCGCUCCAAUAGUGUUAGCCAUCUUAUUGAACGGACCUUCCCUAGAUCUACAAAAUCUGAAAAGCUGUACAGCAGUAGUGGCCGAGAGACUUACCAUGCGUCACAGCCCACCAGCCCCACACCACCGGGGGGCGCCAGGCUGCCCAUCUCUCCCCUCAACACCGUCAGAGGCUCCCCCUACUACUCCACAGUCAUUCCCAGGACGUCCAAGGAUGACGAAUGUCAUGGAUCCUCAUUGUCCCUCGUCUCGUCAUCAUCGUCACUGUACAGCUCACAGGAAGAGAAGCAGGCGGCUGAGAUCAGGAAACUCCGCAAAGACUUGGCUGAUGCUCAGGAUAAAGUUGGAACUUUGACCAAUCAACUUACUACUAAUGCUCACGUGGUUGCUGCCUUUGAACAGUCUUUGACAAACAUGACCAAUCGCCUGCAGCAGCUCACGGCAUCCUCUGAGCAGAAGGACUCAGAAGUUAUGGAACUUCGGAAAACGAUAGAAGCCCUUCGUCAACAGAGUGUAGAUGCCGGGCUGACAGUGGCCUGCCUGCAAAGUACGUCCCCUGACUUCCACCACCACCACCACCACCACCACCACCUCCACUCCACCCCCUCCCCCACCAGGCACCACCAUUCCCAGCACCCCCCCAACAUUGCCUCCUGUUCUGUGCUCAAUGUUACCACCGGGAGUCGAUCCAGCUCACCCGAGAAACCCUGUCACGAUGUUGCACGCAGGCACACUUUUACGGGGAAUUGUAAAGACCUUGUAGUGUGUGAAUUCUCUGAAGCUGGUGGCAAGCUUGUGCGAGGCACGUCAGUGGAGUCUGUGUCCAGCAUCUCCUCCGCCUGCUCUGCCACCUCCCACACCUCAGCCCACGACAAGAGUGACGGCUCAAAGUCUGGCAAAAAGAAAGGAUGGCUCCGUAGUUCAUUCAGCAAAGCAUUCUCACGGGGCCACAAGAAGAGCAAGCAUGGAGGUGCUGGUGGCUCAGUGUCAGAUAUUGAGGGAUGGGAGAGAGGGGAGUCUGCCCCCUCGUCCCCACAGCUACAGCGUGCUAACGGGGACUCAAGUGAAGGGGAUUGCCAGUCUAACACAAGCAUAACACAAGAGAUCAGGAAAGAAGAGGAUGUCGAGAUCUUGAAGUACCAGCUGCAGGAGAAGGACAUGGUUCUCACUGACAUUCGCCUUGAAGCCUUAACCUCCGCCCACCAGUUGGAGUCCCUUAAGGAAACGCUGAACAAAAUGAGAUCAGAAAUGGUGUCAUUAAAGCAAGAUAAUGACAGGUUACACAGACUUAUAUCCUCAAAGUCCCUAAACUCCUCACAAAGUUCCCUUCCGGUGUCAGACUCCAUUGAGCAGAGACUCAGCCUUGGCGAGGAAUUGACUAUGCCUGACUCCACAGACGUGAUCCUAAUUGACCCUAGUGAUAAGGAUGGAAAGCGAGUUAGCAUUACUGUGUACAUGGGCUGCCACGGUGACUUUGAUAAGUACUUGAACCCCGUCGACGGUCUUCAAGGGAGCGAGUGUGUAAUUGGUGCUAUUUCAGUGAGCGGAAAGACCAAGUGGGACAUGUUGGACAGUCUCGUUAAGAGGAUUUUCAAGGAGUACAUCCUCAGAGUGGACCCAGUGUCAAACCUCGGACUGAGUGCUGAGUCCAUCCUCUCCUACCACAUCGGGGAGAUCUCCCGAGGCCGCCACCCAGAAUCCCCCGAACUCUUGCCUUACGGAUACUUGGUCGGGGAGGUGAUGGCCAUCAAGCUCACCCUCAAAGGUGCAAACAUCAACCAUGUCGACGCUCUGGCCUUUGAAACCAUGAUCCCUAAGUCUAUAGUUCAGCGGUACGUAUCCCUCCUCACUGAGCACCGCAGGAUCAUCCUCUGUGGACCCUCAGGCACAGGCAAGACUUACCUGGCACAGAAGUUGGCCGAGUACCUGGUGACUCGCAUGGAGAAGGACCCAACACCAGGAUAUAUUGCAACAUUCAAUGUUGACCACAAGACUGGCAAGGACCUUGGAGCCUACUUGUCCCACAUCAGCGAGCAGUGUGAGAAUAACAGUGCCGACCUUCCCCUCGUCAUCAUCCUGGACAACCUGCACCACGCCGGAGCCCUGACGGAUGUGUUCAACGGCUUCCUGAGUGCCAAGUACACCCAGUGUCCUUACAUCAUUGGCACCAUGAACCAGACUACCUCAUGCUCCACCACAAACCUCCAGCUGCAUCACAACUUCAGGUGGGUCCUGAUGGCCAACCACAUGGAGCCAGUGAAGGGCCUGGUGGGACGCGUGGCUCGCCGCCGCCUCACUCAGGUUGAGGUGGAGGCCGGCAGCCGUCUGCCACGCCUGCAGCAGGUCCUGGACUGGCUGCCACGCUGCUGGAGUCACAUCAACAAAUUCUUGGAAACUCACUCAUCUUCAGAUGUCACCAUUGGGCCCCGCCUCUUCCUGUCCUGCCCAGGCUCAUUAGAAGGUUCUCAGGUCUGGUUCACUGACCUGUGGAACUACUCCUUGGUGCCCUACCUGGUGGAGGCCGUCAGGGAGGGGCUGCAGCUUUAUGGAAAACGAUCCACCUGGGAGGACCCAACCACUUGGAUCACAGAGACGUAUCCUUGGCCCCCAAGCGGCCACGCUGGACCUCAGGCCUUGUUGUCCCUGCGUCCCGAGGAUGUGGGUUACGACACUCUGGCUGCCACAGUCCCGUCCGCCACCCAAGACAAGUUUAAGAAUGACAAUCAGGGUGAAAAUGACCCACUGCUGAGCAUGUUGAUGAGGCUGCAGGAAGCUGCCAACUACUCCAGUCCGCAGCAAGAUUCUGACUCAGCAUCCAUAGAGAACAUGGAGAAUCCCUUGGAAUCGACCAUCUAAUGGCACUGAUGUUUUUGUCACAUGAAUGUUGCAGUAACCACAUGCAGAGAAAACAAGAACUAAAGUGAAACCAAGUCAUGGAGUUGAUGAACAGCUGUUUUAUGAAGGGAUAAUGCAGAGGCUCAAGGAAAGAGAGAAAGAAUUUUUUUUUAAGUAUUGGAAGAAGUGCUGGUGAAGUGAUCGUCACAGCCUGGAGGCUUGAGACAAGACGGGUACUCGGGAGGGUCUAGUCAGUCAGUCCUGGCACGCUGAUGGUGGACGUGUGUGUGCAGUUCUGAAAUUAUUUUACGAAACUUCGCUUCUUACUGUGGUGUUUUUCAAGGACGCAUCAAAUACGAAACAGAAACAAUAAACAUUCAAGCACAUGAAUGUUGCUUGUUUCAGAAUACAUCAUAAAUGGUUCUACAAUAGAUAUAAAACAAAAUGAAGAGACAUCUUUCUACUAUUUUCUAGAUAAGAUAGCCAGCGUUUGCUACUCCUGUUGACUCGCUUUGGGUCUCCAGAGAGCAUGGCAUGGUUCCUAACCUGUACAUUGAUGGCAUCUGUGUGUGAUGGCUAACGGAUCUUGAGCUGCAAAGGACGUAAGAAGCUCAAUUUCCUCCAUCAGUUUAUAACCAUUCACCUUAAGUAUACUUUAUACAGAUUAUUUUGAAUGCCUGGUGUAUGUGCUGUGUAUACAUUAAGCUCUUCUUUUAAGACUUUAUUUUAGAAUUGAUAUUGCAGAGAUUUAUACAUAACACAUGGUGCACAAAUAUAUAUAUGCGGAGGAAUGGAACUUCCAGGUUCACGUUCUUCCAGUUUACUUUCAUAUGUAUAUAUUCAAGAGUGGCUGGAAAGGCUGAAAGCUUUAAUGGGGUUCACUUACUAUGGUAGAUUGAUGUGUUUUGUUGCUUUGAAACUCUUGCUGUCAAGUGUUCUGCUAUCAGGGCCAAGCAGUGGUUCCAGGAAGACAUGCUGCACAGUGUGUGUGUGUGUUUGGUGUGAGUUGAGUUAAACCAAAGCCAGUUAAGCUUUCCAGUGUCCUUAGCUUAAGUGCCUGAGAGCUAAGAGGACACCACCCCUUUCAAGCAUCUUUGUAGUCUUUAUUUAAUUCUCAGGAGUUUGGACACACAGGCUUUUGGGUUCAUAGCUUGGACAUUUUACUCCUCCUGCCCAGAGUUGCCAAAUUCUAUAUUGCUACUGACUUUAUAUAUUUUUUCUUUAACAUUGUAAAUAUUGUACAUAAUCCUAAAGUAGUAAAUACUUACUGUUGGGAGGUGUACGUGUAUAAUGUUCCAUUACUGAAGCAAGAAUGAUAAGUGUGUAUAGAAUGAGAGAUGAUUUACCUUAAUAUUGUGUGAAAACUUGUGAUAAAAUGAAGCAGCAAAAAUGUGACGGUCAGCUUGCAUCACUGAAUUAUAUUGAAGCAUUUUAUUGGUGUUGAUGUCACAGUGGCUAUGGUGGUGUUUAAUUAUUCAGGCUACAUACUACAUCUGUAAUUUUGGUAGACAUUCAAAAAAGCUGUUCCCUUAUUUCCAUUUUUAUACAGAAAUUGGCAUUUUUACAAUGCAUUUCCUUUGAAAUA